GCGGCCACCAGCACAUCCCCGCGCAUCCAGGCGGGUGGCGCCUCCGCUGCGGCAACUGCGCCUCGCGCAUUGCCGCAGCUCACGCCCCGGUGGCGGUUCGCUGCUUGCCGCGGCCGCGCCGCCCUCGCGGGCUGUGGGCUGCACUCGGCUGUCACCAGCCCCGCACGACUGCGGGUGCUGUGGCGCGCCCUUUGCUCUGGGCGGGUGUGCGGGCGGCAUGGGAUAAGACGCCACCAUGGUGCGCCGAGAUCGCCUCCGAAGGAUGAGGGAGUGGUGGGUCCAGGUGGGGCUCCUGGCUGUGCCCCUGCUGGCAGCCUAUCUGCACAUCCCGCCCCCCCAGCUUUCCCCCGCUCUUCACUCAUGGAAAUCAUCAGGCAAAUUUUUUACUUACAAGGGACUGCGCAUCUUCUAUCAAGACUCUGUGGGUGUGGUGGGAAGUCCGGAGAUAGUCGUGCUUUUACACGGCUUUCCAACGUCCAGCUAUGAUUGGUACAAGAUCUGGGAAGGUCUGACCCUUAGGUUUCAUCGAGUGAUUGCCCUCGAUUUCCUAGGCUUCGGCUUCAGUGACAAACCGAGGCCGCAUCACUAUUCCAUAUUCGAGCAGGCCAGCAUCGUGGAGGCGCUUCUUCGGCAUCUGGGGCUCCAGAACCGCAGGAUCAACCUGUUGUCUCACGACUACGGCGAUAUCGUUGCUCAGGAGCUGCUCUAUAGGUUCAAGCAGAAUCGAUCUGGUCGGCUUACCAUCAAGAGUCUCUGUCUGUCAAAUGGAGGUAUAUUUCCUGAGACUCACCGUCCCCUCCUUCUCCAAAAGCUUCUCAAAGAUGGAGGCGUGCUGUCACCCAUCCUCACACGACUGAUGAACUUCUUCGUGUUCUCUCGGGGUCUCACCCCAGUCUUUGGGCCGUACACCCGACCCUCUGAGAGUGAGCUGUGGGACAUGUGGGCAGGAAUACGCAACAAUGACGGGAACUUGGUCAUCGACAGUCUCUUGCAGUACAUCAACCAGAGGAAGAAGUUUAGAAGACGCUGGGUGGGAGCUCUGGCCUCUGUAUCUAUUCCCAUUCAUUUUAUCUAUGGGCCCUUGGAUCCAGUGAAUCCCUACCCAGAGUUUUUGGAGCUGUACAGCAACUUCAAGUAUAACAACGGAAACUGGAAUAAGUGUUUAUUUUCUAUGAAUAAAAACGAAUUUUGACAAAAGUGGACUCUGGCUCCCCCUCCCCCACCACCCCUCUGGGAUAAAAGCUUUCCAACAUUGCCAGGAGCUUUCAGCUACACAGUAAAUUAAAGAAUAUAAUGAAGUUAAGCAGCUGGGUAUAGGAUAUUAUUUGAUUUUCAAGAUCACCCAAAGCUGUACUAUCAUACCAAAGCUGACCAAGUAUAAUCAAAAGAAAAGGGAACAACAACAAAAAGACAUGCUCAAGGACAGAUAUGCUUGAUCUGCUGGCUCAGGGCCAAAUAUUUAAUUUGCUUUUCCAAAGUGAUUAAUCUUUAAAAUUAUGAUUCUGGGAAACUCAUGCUGCUAGCCCGAAAGCCCCCUGACAGUGAAGGGUGCAUCAAGUUCAUCUCGCCCAGUAAAGACCUUAUCCGACAGAAGCCAAGAUAACAUCUACAGGUGUUCCCUCUUUGCUUCUGACAGUCACCUGCAUGGUCACCCCAUCUGCUAAGGCCAGCCUGGACCUCACCAAUAAAUCACAGCCACCUCUGUAUACACCUGAGGGGAAAACAAGUGAGGAGAACCAUGUUAAGAACUCAAAAAAAGCCCCAAAUAACAAAAUGUAUCAUGCUCUGCCUGCAUCUCCUUUCUAUUACUUUAGUUUAGCUUUUCUAGAGAUUUGUGAUUAUGGUGGGAAUUGAAUUCUACAUAUAAAUUCUAAAUAAUUUUUUAUAUUCCCAUAAUACCAGGUACAUAGAAGGUAUUUGAUAAUAGGGAUAAGGAGUAAUUAAAGGGCAUGAGCAAUUGGUAUCUGUCUGUAGGAAAGAAUUAAGUGUUUGGGGCCAAAUAUACAGCUUAAAAGAACAAUCCAAGAGUAGUAUGCAAAUUAAACUGCUAAAACGAAUUACUCAUUUUGAUGAGGCUUCAACUGUAACUCAUGUGAUGGGACAAUGCGACAGGAGCAGGGGGUGAGAUGCCCAUGUGCGUCCCUUCCUGUCGUAUUUUGCAACAAAAUUAGGGGGAAAUCAGAUGAAAGUUUCUUACCUGCCAAAUAGAGGGCAUGGGAAUUCUUGUUCUCAGGUACUUUGUCUGACCUCUCGCAUGGCUGCAUGCCCAGAAAUGUGAUGAUGUUGCUGACAGCUUCUGUGUUGAGAAGAUUGAUGCAACAGUAUCAGGGAAGGUCAGCUAGGGAUCUGCCUCUGCGCUGGUUUGUGCUGGGAGCUGGGGGUGCAUGGGGCUGGUGGCAGUGUGUGGCCGGGGGCUACCAGACUGGAAAGCGGCUGACUGAAUCCGAUGAUGCUGACAGGGUUCUAGCCUUUUAAGGGAUACAGUUUACGAGGUGUUUAAAGAGAAGGGAGUCCUUCUGGGAAAACAAAUCUGCCUACUGGGUAUUAGAGUGCUACCAGGCUCACCUUCAAGAGUUUUGGUAGAACUGAGGGCAAAGGUCUCCUCUUUCUCAAAGGUGUCUCCCACCUCUUCCCAGGCAGCAGCAAAGUUAGGCUUCAGGACCUUCUGAAUGUGGUCAGACACAGUCACUUCAAGAUCUUCUAGCUAAUGGGUAACAGGCAGGGUCAGAAAAUGAAGGUCCUUUCAGUACCAAACAAAGGUGCGGACUAGUUAAUUUGGUUUUAUCAUCCUGUGUUACAUCCUUUGCUGGAGCCUAGGGAAAACUCUACUACCAAACUAGUUUAUGUUCUGUAGUGUGGGUAAGUCUAGCAAAGGAAACCAACAAACAGGUCAUCUGGCAGGAGCUCUCCUGAGAUCAACAUCUGUAGCCCUGGGGUGCAGAGCCGUCGUGCUGCCACGUUAACCAUGGAGUUCAGGCCGUACAGGGCCUUUGGAACUUUGAAUUCACUAACAGGCAGGUAUUUUUAAGACUUGCCCCGCAUUCUGUGAACGCUUUUCAGUCCAUGAUGUGGCUGCAUAAUAAGCAAACUAAAAGCUGCUGAACAACAAUCAAAAAACGCCCAAAUCCCAAUACUUUCAAUUAUUUUCAGCCCUUAAUUAUCCCUAUUAUAAAUCGAUUACAAAGGGUGAAUUUCGUUUUCAUCAGCCAGGAAGUGGUAAAUCCCAGUUCUUUUUGGCCUGAUACACUCGCAUCGCAGAGGAGGAUUAGCCCUGGUCCUCCUCAGCUCUAAUCUGUGCGAGACGGAUAAAAUCCCAUGGGUUCACGUCGAAUGUUCAUAGAACAAUGUUCUCUCCAGACGGGAGUCACUGAGUGGUGCUAAGGGUCAAGGUGAGUCUGUGCAGGGGAGACUCACCACGUACUCAUCAUCAUACCCCUCCUCAGCUGGCACCCCUGUGUCAGGGUCGCAGUCCCGGACAGUGAACUUCAUGGUGCAGCUAAAGGUGCCUGCGGCUGGGGGAGAAAGAGCAGGGGAGCCUGUGUCAGAGGACAGCACAGGCAGUUUCCAUCAGUGACCUGGGGCCGAGGCAGUGGUGGUACCGUGGCUGGCAUGCUGCCUUCCAUCACCGCCUAGGAAGCCCCAUCUGCCCUGGGCUCUGUGUUCUGAAUUAUCAAGCAAAAUACAUGGAGGCCAUUUUCCAGGGUUGUAGUUCUUGAAAGAAGCCUUUAGGCUGGACUUGAAAAAUCUCCCUACUGCAAGUCAGAAUAAUACAGAAAAGACAUCAUGGGCAAAACUCCGUUUUCAUAUUCAGAUUAGGAGAGCAGGGGGUUUAGCUCAGUGGUAGAGCAUCUGACCACAGAUUAGGGGAGCAGCAGGGAAGAUACUUUCUAAGUGGCUUUUUGCCAGGCCUGUCAAAACAUUAAGAACCACUACUUUAGGAGCUGACAAAGCAUAAAGUAUGCAUGGUGAAAAGCAUGCAGUUCAUUAAUGCCGACCAAACCCAUCAGAGUCUCAAUGUCUUUACAGGUAUUCUCACAAUAUCUGUAGACUGUGGACCAACAAUGGGUCACAGGUCACUAGAAUGAACUUGCUUUUUGUCAACUUUCAACCUACAGCGAGUAAGUCAGUAAUGAAGUUCUGCCUCACAUCAGAAAAGCAAGCGGGCAGCUCUGUGUUUUGAGAUAAUGACAGACGUAAUAAGAAAUGAAGGAAAAUGAAGCCUUGAUAAAGGAAACAGGAUUUUCUGACCUGUUUGAAGGAGAUUAUUAAUCAUGGAUGAAAGAAAGGCACUUAGGGUCUAAUUCAUGGUCUGGAAAAGGCUUAUUGGUUUUAAAAAAAUAUAUGAAACUGUGGAGUUAGAAAGUUACUUGGGGGUCAGGCAAAGACAGGAAAGAACAGAUAGAGAUGUAAAGACCAUUAUGGCAGGUUGGACAGUGGGACUUUCAUUUGCUCACGCUUGACUUGAAACUCCCUCCCCUCCAUCCAAAAUUGUAGAACAUGUCAGUACCUUUACAAUGUAAAGGUAUAAAUGAAGGUACCAGACCCUUAGAUAAAAAGAUGACUGAGACAUGACCUCUUUCCCAACAGCUGAUUGUCUGGGAGCCGAAUAAGAGAGAGAGAAGGAGGGAGGGAGGGAGAGACAGAGACAGAGAGAUCGAUCUACCUAUAUAUUCCUAUGACAUUACAAUUCAAUAUUAUAGUUUCUUUAAUACAAAUUUUAAUAGAGUGCUGUGGGAGUGCAGGGUUAACAACAGCCUGAGAAAAUCAUAAAAAAAUUUGAAAGGAUGUCACAAUUUAAUUGGAUCUCAAAAGAUGCAAAAGAACUUUGGCAAGCAGAGAAAGGUACACAAUUUAAAGGACAGAGGCCAGAAAGGCCAUGGUGUAAUUUAAAGCAGUUAAAGAGAUGCUAAUAUAUAGAUGCUGAGAGGAGAAUGUGUAUAGGAACGAAUUUCAAAUGAAGGCGAUGAGAUAUUUUUGAGCAGCUCUGGUGAGCUGAGAGGCAGUCGAGAGACUGAAACGUUAGAGAUCAUUAAAGCCGCAGUAGGAAUCCUAUGAAGAACAGGUCUGACCUCAGAGAGCAAAUGAACUGACUGGAGUGUACUGAAAAACAGGCAACGGGGACGGGCUGCCCCAUAUGGGACAGAAUGUACCUAUCAAGAUGACAGAAUCUUUUUCAGUGCAGUAGGGGGUUGAUAAAAGAAUGAUUUGGGUUACAUUAAGGUGGGGUUUUCUGCAGGAGGACAGGGGGAGGAGGAAGAAAGAAGUGGAAAUGAAUGCAAACCCUAAUGGGUAUUUUUUAACAAUGAAAGACAACGGGAUGAUGGUCGGGACAAAGGUCAUGAUCAAAUACAAGUGGAGAAGGGGGACAGAGGCUGAGUGAUCAGAGAUGAUAAGAACCCUGGUUUGUUCAUGGAAGCUACAGACAAAUGAGGAAAAGGAAUAAGGACAGAUCAUCAGCCACAGGGGUGGAUCACAGACUGGGCGAACUGGGUGCAUUUUAUGUUUAAGUAAAGACAGAAGACACUUAUGUGUGAGUCGGUGAGGAGGAGGGAUGGAUUAAGGAAGCACAGAGUAAUGGUAUUAAUAGAGAUGAUGUUCCUGAAACUUCUGUGGCAAAUUUUCAGUUACAUGGCUUGGUUCAUACAGCGAGAGGUUAUAGGGACCCUAAGGCCAUUGGCAGCAACCUCCCAGUGUUGUGACAGAGGAUGACUGAGACUGGGAGGUGAGGAGAGGGGCGGAGAGAGCUGUUCAGAGCAAGAGAGCACUAAGUCCACUGCCAGAACAUACACACGAGAGCUUCCUGAGCAAAGCAAGGCAGAAAACCAAGGGAACAAGAGGAGGAAUGCCCUGGAGAUCGACAUUUAAGUUGUUCUUAGAAAUGAGGCUUGGUUUGUGAGGACUGACUGAAAAUUGGAGAACUACUGAGGAAAUUCUAUGGGUUUGAGGAAAAACCCAAACCCACGGAAUCAGAGAAAAAAAGAUGGAUGCCAGAAGCUAAGAAAGGGGUGCGCUGUGGGAAUGAGGCUGGGGUGCAGCCGUGCAAAGAGGGAAAUCUGGUAAGGAGCUGCCAGGUCUCAACCACUGGAGUGAAGACUGACUAAAGAAGUGGGGUCAUAAGAAAGUUCCAGCAAGUUUUGCUGGAAUAACAGUUACAGAAAAGGAUGUGGUCAGUGUGGCAAAAGAUCAGAGAGAGGGCAGGAGGGACAGGCCUGAAACACAGGCUCCCUGCAGGUCUGGACCGAAAGGAGAAGGAAUGGAUGCAGUACAGCGUAUGGGAAGUCAAGGCAGAUGAAAGCUAGGUGAGCAGUGCCAAAAAUGAGGAGUAUGUGGCUCCUGGGGAAAAUGCUACACACGUGGCAGGUGGGAUGCUGAAGAUAAGGUUUUUUUCUAGAACAAAUAUGGGGAGAAAGAAGAAAGGUACAGAAAAGCAAGACUAAAGUUGCCCUCAGACAGAAAGGAGCCACUAAGGAAUGAGACAUUAACUGGAAGGAUAAGGCAGCAUUCCUGGGCCAAAAGUCCUGAUGGAAUAAAAGAAAGAAAAAAGGUUGGAGGCAAAGAAAAGGAAAUACUGUACAGUGGCGAGCAUAUAAGACAGAGCAAAUGUGGCAUAAAGGCUUUGCAUGGGGAAUCUUGUCAGCUCAGAACAGUCUUAACUGGUCCCACUUGGAUGUAAAGACCUUCUAGCUCUGAGCAGUUUCCAGGCAGUGUGAGGGGCGAGGACCUGAGUGGGAGGCAGUAGGAGAUGAGCUCUUGAAAUACCUGUUUGGAAGGAAAUUGCUAAGGUACUUGAGUGAUAGGAAAGUUUAUAAGGAAGUUGCUGAUAAAAACUUCUGGCUGGCAACUUUAGACAUAUUGGGUUUGACUCCUUAGAGGGCAUGAGUAGAUAGUUUGGCCACAGAACAGAUUAUUGUAUUAGAUGGGGAAUGGGUGAAGAUUUGGAGGGAAAUGCAUCUGAAGAGCAGUGUCUUGCAUCCUUUCCUUCUGCAGACAGAUGGGAAAUGAAAGGGUGCUGGGCAGCUAAGAUACUGCAGACUGCUGCAAGGUGCAGAGGGUACACUGGUUGCUCUUAGCAGCUCUGCUGCCAUGGCUAAAAGUGACAGACGUUUCCUGGGGAGACGUGUAGAAAAAUAUCAAGGAGAGGAGAGAGGGAGAAGAUGGAAACUAGGAGCGUCACAACGGAAGAUAGGGGGGCUGAAGCUGAAGUGCUGAAUAAAAGCUGUGCACAGGGAAGGGCAUGAAGGAGGGCCAGGAUGAGGAAUGGUGGAAAAGGGCAGAGCUGCUUAUUAGGCAGAGAGAUGGAGCUAAGCUAGAUUCCAACCAAAGAAGGAGAGAGGAUGUGAAGAGGAAGUGGCCAGUGAGAAAGAGCUGGUGUUAGUGAGGGAGUGCCUCGCCGACUGAAUCGGGGACUCUGCUCAAAUGAUAGCUGAAGCAACAAGUAUGACCAAUAGAGUAACAUAUUAAAGCAUCUAAAUGGGAUGGAUCUGAGCCAUGGCCAGUGGCAGGAAUCCUGUAAGGUCUGUACUGAACUGAGAAUGCAAAUGUGUUCAGAACAGUGUAUGGAAAACAAGGAAGUUGAAACAAAACACUACCUGAUGCAGGAGAAAUGAUCUAAGAUGGUAGCUGAAAAAACACGUGACUAUGGGCAACAGAGGAGUUUCUCUAGGGUCAAUCAAGGAAAAGAAUGGAAGAGCCUGUAGAGGACAUGGGGUCAUUUGAAGACUGGCAGGUACUGGCAGGAGGGAUAGGGCACUGUACUUGUACCCAAGGUCAUGGUUAAAUGAGAAAGGAGAGAGAGAGACUGGAAACUACAUAAAGGAAAGAUCCACAUGACAAGUGGCUGAGAGCAGGUGGUGUGGCAUGGACAGGUAAGAUAAGGGAUACAGUUUCCCAGAAUGGGAAGUCUUGUAAGAUCUUAUCACGGGUUUAUCUGGUCAAAUGAUGAGUCUUAAUGCCAGACUCUGAAGAGUAGUAUAUACAAUGGGAGAAGAACAGGGCCUGAAAAGUAGUGGAAAGUUUUAGUUAGCAGGAUUAGAAGGAGAUGGAUUAAGAUGAACUGUGAUAGACAGACACCAGGACAAAUCUCUGAGUAACUGGUCUGUGGAUAGUUGAUUGACUAAUACUGGCAGAUGCUUGGCUAAGGAACCAUGCUUUUUUUUUUUUUUUUUUUUUUUUGUCUUUUCUAGGGCCGCUCCCGCGGCAUAUGGAGGUUCCCAGGCUAGGGGUCCAGUCGGAACUGUAGCCGCCAGUCUACACCAGACCCACAGCAACGCAGGAUCUGAGCCGUGUCUGCAACCUACACCACAGCUCACAGCAAUGCCAGAUCCUCAACCCACUGAGCAAGGCCAAGGAUCGAACCCGCAACCUCAUGGUUCCUAGUCGGAUUCGUUAACCACUAAGCCAUGACAGGAACUCCCAGGAACCAUGUUCUAAAUCCAACUCAAGACUAAAACUUCAAUUGUCAUUUCCAUGUGCAGAGAGAUGAAAGGACAGUAUAUGUAAUCAAGAUGUGGGAAGGCAAACAAUACCAUGCAAAUGCCACAAGACAGUUCUCCUUAGAAUUUACUCUCAUGGGGAGAUUUCUGAAAGUGAGACACAGCUCCUGGGGAGAGGACCUGGCCAGGGAGUGCUGAUCUGGAGGAGACUGAAUGCACCUUAAUGAUGGCGAUGGCAGCUUAAGGAAGAAAAGAGCCUGAAGAUAAGGGAGUGUAUUUCUUUAGGCAAGACAGGCAACAGGAGAAAGGAGUGCGAGAGCAACGUUACAGGGGCCCCCAGAUUAAAAGAAUGACAUCUGAAGAAUUAUAGGUACUGACUGAGCUAAAAGACACAGAAGAAGGAGGGUAAAGCUGGAGGAGCACUGUAUAGACUAGGCAGUGACUCUGAGUAGGUAGCCUGGUAAGAACAAAAACCAAAAAGAUUCCCACAAUGGAAUGGGAAGCCAGUCAGAUUGGAGGAUGGGCCUAACUGCUCAGUAUGCUGGAUGUAAGCCAGGCUGCAAUGACUAGUCUACAUAAUGGGAGAGAAAUAAAGCCCUGAAAAGAAGUGAUAGUCAGAAGUAGACCUGCUCUUGAUGCCUUGGUGGGAAAUUUUUAAAGGGCAUGGUUGAGGGGAAAGUUUAUUGCAAUGCUUCUUAAAAUGUGUUAUAUCAGCACUGCCUAGGAAUUUGUUAGAAAUAUAAAUUCUUUGGCCCCACUAGACCUCCUGAAUCAGAAAUUCAAGAUGGGGUCCAGCAGUUUGAAUUUUAACAAACUGCAAUUUGAGAGCCACUGCUUUAUAGGAAGGCAGAUUAAGAGUAAUUCUUUGGGAGUUCCUGCCGUGGUGCAGUGGAAAUGAAUCCGACUAGGACCCAUGAGGUUGUGGGUCUGAUCCCUGGCCUUGAUCAGUGGGUUAAGGAUCUGAUGUUGCCGUGACCUGUGGUGCAGGUGGCGGAUGUGGCUUGGAUCUGGCAUUGUUGUAGCUGUGGUAUAGGCCGGAGCUAUAGCUCCGAUUGGACCCCUAGCCUGGGAACCUCCAUAUGCUGCGGGUGAGGCCCUAAAAACAAAAAACAAAAAAAAAGAAGAAAAAAGAGUAAUUAUUUGCUAGCAAGUUGUCAUACUAGGAUUAGCUGAAAAUUAGAGAAGAACUGAUGAGACUUGUAACAAAGGACAGUAGAUAAGGGGAGAGUGGAGUCUAAUAAAAGGAAAAGGGCCAUGUGAAGGGAACUGGCAGGAAGCAACAUGGCCAAUGGGUAAGGGCACUGCAGAGUGUUAGAAGGAGAAAUUCUGGGACAUGGGGGAAGAAGAAAUUUAAUAGUGAUUUUAUGUUCAUCCAGAUCACAGUCAUUUAAAGGGAGGAAGAAGGGAAUGUAGCUAAAUAAGAAUCAAGGUUAUGAAUUGAGGGAACUGUUCAGGAGGUUUUGUAGAAGAGAGACUAUGCGGCAUGGAGCUUAGAGUCCAGUCCAGAGUCGGAACAGUGAAUGCUGAUCAUGAAGUGUUGAUUUAUCUGGGAGAGAUUACUGAAUCUAUGGGAAUAAUAUGUACCCUACACAGUCUCUGCAUGAAGGAGGGAUGCUGAAUAUAAGGUAGAGUUUUUAUAAGGCAAAAUAAAGAAAGAGGAGUAAAACAGCAAAGUUAAAACUGCUGCCAGGUGAGGUGGUAUCACUUAAUGUUGGCAAAGAUAUUAUCACUGAUACCAUCUGGAGGCAUAUGGCACCAUACCCGGGCUGAAGUCCAUGAUGAAAAGGAAGAGGACAGAAGUCAUCCAAAGGAAAGGCUCAUCUAAAGAGUAGAAAAUUGGUUUUGAGCGAGGGAGAGGGUAGGGAUCAGGAGAUGAGGAGACCUCAAACAGAAUAUGCAUUCAUUACUCUGAAAGGUUACCAUAUAUGAGGGGACUCUCCAAAGGAGAACUGGGAAGAAUGUCCUAUGAGAGGGACAUUAAGAUACACCCAGAAAUUAAGGAAGUGUAUUAGAAUUUUCAGAAAGUGAGAGAGACACCUGAGGAGACUAGCAUGCAAAAAUAGCAAAGAAGGAAAGAGCAAAAGAUGGAGGUUGGAAGCUAAAUAAGGAGAAGGCGCAUGUGAAUCAGGCUAUGGUACAGAACUUGCAGUGUAGAAAAUGGAAGGAUGCUGAAGAGGGCUAAAUGGCAACAGCAGGACAUGGGAUCUGGAAGUGUGUCAGAGUUGUAUAUGAUUAAGGAGAGAAAGUGAGGCGAGAAUGCAGCAAAGUAAGGAUUGGAGUAUGAAGUUUUGCUUCCAGGAUGCUGUUUUGGAAAAAUAAUAGAAGUAAUGGGUGUGGUCAAUACAGUGAAAGGUCAGAAGUAGGCUAAGUGGAAUGGACAUAAGAGGCAGGCCAGUGGCAGGAAUCUUGGGGAAUUUUAUGCUGAACUGAGAGUACAAACAAAAGCAGUCAAGUAGGACACGAAGGGGAGCUGGCAGGGGCUGAGCAGUGAGUGCCCCACACAAGGGGAGCGCCUGUCCUUACGGGACAGCUGAAUCUCUGGCAAGGUGUGUGUGUAGGUAGAAGGUGAAAGGAGAGACACAGAAGACAAGGCAGCAUGUUUCUCUAGGGCAAAAUAAGAAUGGGAGGCAAAGUGAAGCUUCCUGCAAAUGUGAAGGGAUGAUUUUAAGAAUGGUAUCUAUUAACUGGUGGGUUAUGUUACCAUAUUUAGGCCAAGAUUAUGAAGGAAUAGGAAGAAAAAGAGAAUUUGUUAACUGAAUAAAGACCUGUUGUAUGGACUAGAGAAGACUUAAGAGUAAAGGGAGUGGGAGCAAUACAGAUCAGGUGUGUAAUAAAGAGACCCAGAACAGAGAUCUUAAAAUGGCUUUAAAUGUUAAAAUUGGAUGGGACAGCCCAAUGGUAAUGAGUGGUAUAUCUAAUGGAGUUUCAAGGACUUGGAUAGAAAUGGGAAUUAGAGCGUAAACUAGCUCUUAAUGCUGUGGGUAACAUUUUUUAAUUAAAAUCUUGCUUAAUAGGGAAGUUUGAGUUUUAUUAAAAUGAAUUCUCCUAAGAAGACAUUGUUAGUCAUCUUGAAACACAGGAUUGACCAAUUAAGUCUGUUUAUAGAGAAGGCUAUUUGCAUUUCUUAAGGAAUGGUUGGGAAUCAGUAGGGAGGUAAACCUCAGCAAAAAAAUAAUGCAUCCUUUGCUGUGAUAUAGGAUGAGACUGAAAUGAAUAUGGUCGAGCAUAAUGGAAUACAAAAGAAGAGAGGGGUUUUAAUCUAAGUGAUGAGAGCACAGGUUCUUAGUAGUCAGAAGAGCCAAAAGGCAAAAAAGAUAUGAAUUAAAGAAACCUAGAACAGAGCAAUCUGUCAGAUCUCAGGAGGGGUCUAACUGGUUAAAAAUGUUUGGUUUGGAGCUUACAAUGAGUGGUGUAUAUAAUGAGAGAGAAGUAAAGGCCUGCAUAUGAAUGAAUAGAAGUUAGAAUGAAUAGAUUAAAGUCCUGAUGAGAAAACUUUUUUUUAAAGAAUUGAGAUAUAUAUAUAUAUAUAUAUUUAAAGCCCUCAAAGUUAUAAAAAGUGUAAAAAUAUGUAUGAGGAUAAAUGUCAAAUUAUUUAGUGAUUUUCUCUUAGGAAGAGGUAAGUGAUUCUAAAAUGGUACAGAAGAAGUCUAAAUUAUGCAUUGUUUCAUUUCUUAAAAAAAAUCUUAAAUAUAGCAUGAGGUUGAGAAGUGGGAUAGUAGGCUAUGAAUUUGGGGGGAAUAGAACAUUUUAAUUAAAAGGUUUGGUUGAUAAGAUGGUUAGGAGGAGGAGUUGGGAUGAAUUCUAAUGAAAAGCCAUUGAGAGCAACCUGGAAGACACUGGUAUGACCAACUAGAGCAUGUGGGUGGGUAGUUUAUUUGGUGAAAGGGCGAACUGUAUUGGGUGUAAGUGAGUGGGAGUAUACCUCAAGAGAAGACUAGUGAAUCCCUCACUAUGAUUAGAGAGGGAAGCUGAAAAUAUUACAGAUUCAAUAUAUAUGACAGAGAAAAGAGUCUAAAGAAGUCAGGAAGGACUUGUUGAAAUACGCUAAAGUCUGCUCAGAAAUUAAUUAUUAUGUUCGGACUGGCUGUGAGAGAAACUACUGAGAUAGGUGUUUUAAAAAGGAGAGAGAAGGAAACCAUGGAGAAAAAUCGAGGCUGGAAUCUAAGCAAGGAGAGGGAGUGUAGGAUGUAGGCUGUGGUACAGAAAAUGCAGUUUUGCAAAAUGUUAAACAUGGAAGGGCAUUAAAGAGGGUCAGGAUGAGGAACACAAAGGGAUCAGAACUAGAAGCUCAGCGAAGAACACGAUGGUAUGCCACAUAUCAACCAGCUGAGGAAAGAGGUGAGAACAUUGCUAAAUAAGAGGCUUACUGCCCAGAAAGCUGUGCUGGAACAAGUUUGGAAGCCAUCAGUGUAGUCAGUAGCAUGACAAGUUAGCCAUUAAAUGUGAUAAUGGAUCAGAGCAGGAAUCCUAGGGAGUCCAGCCUCAAUAGAGGGUGGAAACCAAUUUCAGUACAGAGUGUGGGAAAUAAGGAAAAUGGAGGAAGUUUGAACUGUGGGUGCUGAAUAUCAAAAGUGCACAGAUCCAGAAAAAUGAUGAGAGUCACUGGAAUGAUAAGUGGAAGGAGAAGGAAUACUGGGGGAAAUGUAGAGAGUUUGCAGCAAAAGGAGAAAGGGGGAAAGGAGAAAAGGAACAGAAGAGCUUGCAGAUGGAAAGGCAUAAUUUGAACAGUCAUACUGAUGAGAGAAAUGGCCACUGCUCCAUACUUAGGCCAAAGGUCAUGACAGAAGAAAAAGGAAAUAGAGAGGAUGGCAAGUAAAUAAAGGGGCACUGCAUGAAUUGGAGAGCAGUUCUGAGUCGAUGGAAUGGCAAGACAGAUCAGUGUGAAUGCAAGACAAGCAGAACCGUCAGGUCCCCGAACUGUGUACGGAAUGGAAGAGGAUCCGGAGCCCCCAAAAGAAUAGGGCUUGGGUAGGCUGACUCUUGAAGUCUUUGUGGGAAAUUUAUGCUUGAAGUGACUGCCUGUUAGGAAGGGUUAGAAAGAGAUGGAAUAAGAUAAAUCCUGAUAAGGAGCCACUGGUGGAAACCUUAAAGACAUCACCAUUGACUGACCUUUCAGAAGGUGUGGAUAGGAUACUUUUUCUAGUAGGACAAAUGCACGCUAUUGGUUGAGAAGUGGUUGGUGAUCAUGAGGAGGUGAACCUUGAGAGAAUAACACUGCAUUCACCAACAGAGUCUGUGGGUGCCAGCUGAGGAGAAUGUUUAAGAACUGGCAGGGCAAAUAUUCAAAAGGAGUUACGGAAGAUUGGCCUCUUAAGUGUGAUGCUCGGUUGCUGAGAAGUUACAGAAUCACAUUACGGCUCGCUGACAGUGAAAGAAGCAACUGUGAAGACUUGUGUAAAAAAAAAAA